GCAGCUGCUGUGUAGAAGAUGGAGCUCCAAGGGGAGAAGAUGGUGGUGUGCCUUGUAAAUCUCUCUCUGCUCUGGUGUGUGUGUGAAGCAGACUUAAAUGAUAUCUCUCAGCCCAAGUCUUUCCAAGCAGUGAAGCUAGGAGACGCAGUUACUAUUAAAUGUCACAUUGACAGUACUGCCAGAGUCAGAGUAUGGUACAAACUGACCACUGGGAGGAGACUACAGCCAGUGGCCUCAACAGAUAUGCUUUAUAACCUGGUGACAUUUAAAGAGCAAUCUGAGCAUUAUUCAGUACAUUCCAACAGCAGCAGUAGUCACCUGAGCAUAUAUACGACUACAUGGGAGGACGCUGGCAUGUACUACUGUGGAGUGAUGAUCUUACAUGACAUUCAGUUUGGCUCAGGAACCUAUCUGAUGAUCAAAGGUGCAAAGAUGAUCAGUGACUCUGUCAUCCAGCAGCCAGACUCUAAAUCAGUCCAACCAGGGGAUUCUGUGACUCUCAGCUGUUCUGUUCACAAUAAUCGCUGUGCGGCAGAACACACUGGCGUCAUGUGGCUGAAAAACUCUGAUCAUUCUGCUCCUGAAACGAUUCACUCCUCUGAAAAUAGGAAUGACAGCUGCCAGAGGAGUGAGAGUGGAGAAACUACCUGUGAAUACAACUUUGUCAUGAGGAGCCAGAGCUCUGAUGAUACUGGAACCUACUAUUGUGUUGUCACUUCAUGUGGACAGAUGCUGUUUGGAAAUGGGACCUGGAUAAAUGUUCAAAGAGAUGCUGCCUUAAUCAAAUCAGAUAAUCUGAGUCCAACUGUUAUUGCACUGACACUGUCAACCAUCACUUUUGGGUUGUUAACACUUCUACUUGGAUGGACACUUUGCAAGAACAAGAAAAGCCCAACAGCAGAAUCUAGAUCCAGUGAUGUAUCUUUGGAGGGCAACCAGAGAGGGGAUGCAGUCAUCUAUGCAGCAGUGAGUGCAGCUCCCAGAAGCUCCUCGGGCAGAGCAGCUCCAAUGAAGUACAGUGAAAGCACGGUCAUUUAUUCUGAUAUCAGGCACUGUCAACAGGUCUGAGAGACUCGCAAGUCAAGAUAUACAGCUGGGCUUUUUUCAAAGUCAUCUUCAGGAAAAAAUACAUCAGGCACAUGUGUGGGAC